AUGACUGAGCUAAGAACUGACUCUAGCAGUGGAUUGUCCCAUCUCGUGAACUCCGGCCCGGUUUCGAUCAUGGCGUACUGCGGAUCUUCCAUUUUGAUGACCGUUACCAACAAAUUUGUCGUGAAUGGUCCCAACUUUAACAUGAUUUUUGUUAUGUUGUUCGUGCAGUCCUUGGUAUGCACAGCGUGUCUGGCAGUAUUGAAAAUGCUAGGCUACGCCAAGUUCAGACCUUUGAACAAGACAGAUGUGAAAAAUUGGUUCCCUAUCUCGCUUUUGCUCGUGGCCAUGAUCUACACCUCUUCCAAGGCCCUACAGAACUUGGCAGUUCCAAUUUACACUAUUUUCAAGAACUUGACCAUUAUCUUGAUCGCUUACGGUGAAGUCCUGUUCUUUGGUGGCAAAGUGACCGCCAUGGAACUAUCGGCCUUCGUCGUGAUGGUGUUGUCGUCUGUUGUUGCAACCAUAGGAGACCAGCAAGCUCUUACGGCCAAAGCGGGCGCUGAAGCAGCCCAGGAUCCUACCGCUGGCUACUUUUGGAUGUUCAGCAACUGCAUUGCGUCCGCUUUCUUUGUGUUGGUCAUGCGCAAAAGAAUCAAGCUCACCAACUUCAAGGACUACGAUACCAUGUUCUACAACAACAUCUUGGCCUUGCCUGUUCUUUUGAUCGCUUCUUUCAUCCUAGAAGACUGGUCUGCCGCUAACAUUUCCACCACUUUCACUCGCGACUUCAUGACUGCUUUGGUCAUCUCUGGUCUAGCUUCCGUCGGUAUCUCCUAUUGUUCGGGCUGGUGUGUGAGAGUUACAUCCUCCACCACCUACUCGAUGGUCGGUGCCCUCAACAAGCUACCAAUUGCUCUCUCAGGGCUAAUCUUCUUCGAUGCCCCAAAGAACUUUUUGUCCAUUUUCUCAAUCUUUUUGGGUUUCUUGGCUGGUUUGAUCUACGUUGUUGCCAAACAGAAGAAACAACAACAACCACCCAAGGCUUAG